CUCCUUCCAUUGGCGAACUUCGUUUUGAUUCUCGAAAACCCUAAUUCCUCUUCUCGAUCCUCUCUAUAGUCAAAAUUUCUCCAACCGUCGACGACUGUUGCAGCAGCAGAGAGAGAGAGAGGCAUUUUCCGAUGAGAGUACUUUUGCUUCAGUGAUGAUGAAGAUGAUGAUGAUGAAUCGACGAAGCAACGUCGUUAGAUUUGAAGCUAAAGAAGAAGACAGAGAAGAAGAAGAUAAUAAUGACGAUUGUUUCUAUGAGUCUCUAGAUCGUGUACUGUCAUCGUGUUCUUGUUCUACUUCAAACUCUGAUUACGAUUCUGACCCGAAUAUUUCUGAUUCGAUUCACGAUCCGAGUCCGUUUCCUGUUCCUGUGUUUCCUAUUGGAAGCUCUGGGUUUGAGCUGUGGAAAUCUGAGCCUGAAUCUGUGAAGGAGAGACGAAUCAGGUUAUUGCGUGGUUUGGGACUUAGUAAUGAGCCGGAUCUACCUCCGGUGAGUCAGUUACGGUCUAGAAGUCGGAGAAAAGGAAUUGGUAGCUCUCAUUUCUCUAGAUCGGUUUCUUCUGAUGUUUUGAAUUCGAAUCAUCAUGGUAAAUGUGUGUUGAGAUCAGAUGUUGCAGGUAGUGACAAUGUCGAUCGAGAGUAUACUGGAUCUCGUAUGCGAAACGAUGGUGUUGAUUUUAUAGGCAAUGAGCCGAUGGUAAGAUCUCUUAGGGACAUUGUAGAGAAAGAGAGUUAUGGGAAUGGGAGAGAUGUUGUUUUAGAGGAGCAAAUGUGUACGAUUAGGAAUUUAGAUACUGGGAGAGAGUUUGUGGUGAAUGAAGUUCGAGAAGAUGGAAUGUUGGAGAGGUUGAAGGAAGUAGGUACUGAUCGGCAGUUGACUCUGGAGGAGUUUGAGAUGUGUGUUGGGACGUCUCCGAUUGUGCUUGAGUUGAUGAGGAGGCAAAAUGUUGAAGAUGUUUGUAAAGACUCUGUGGAUUUGGAUACUAAUGUUAGUGGAAGCAGGGUGACUAAGCAUAGAAGGAGAGGGAGUUGGCUAAAGAGUAUAAAGAAUGUUGCUAGUAGUGUGACUGGGUAUAAAGAACGGCGAAGUACUGAUGAUAGGGAUUCACCGUCUGAGAGAGGUGGUCAGAGGUUUAGCUCUGCAACUGAUGAUAGCCGAGAUAUGUCCUUUCAUGACCCUGAGAGAGUUAAGGUUAGGCAGUAUGGGAAGUCGUGUAAAGAGCUCACAGCACUUUUCAAAAGCCAAGAGAUUCAAGCUCAUAAAGGGUCGAUAUGGAGCAUUAAGUUUAGUUUGGAUGGGAGGUAUCUUGCUAGUGCUGGUGAGGAUUGUGUUAUUCAGAUUUGGAAGGUUGUUGAGUCAGAAAGAAAAGGGGAACUCUUGUCGAUGGAUAAACAAGAAGAUGGAAGUAUAAAUUUGUUUCUUUUGGCAAAUGAUUCACCAGAACCAGUUUCAAUGUCUCCAAAGAGAAGAGGGAGAACAUCUUUCAGCCGAAAAUCAGUGAGCUUGGACAAUGUUCUUGUUCCAGAGGCAGUCUUUGGUCUUUCAGAGAAACCCGUGUGUUCAUUUGUAGGGCAUUUGGAUGACGUACUUGAUCUUUCGUGGUCAAAAUCUCAGCACCUGCUUUCCUCUUCCAUGGACAAGACUGUCCGUUUAUGGGACUUAUCUAGCAAGACAUGUUUGAAAGUCUUCUCACAUAGUGACUACGUGACUUGCAUCCAGUUUAAUCCGGUGGAUGACAAUUACUUCAUCAGCGGAUCAUUGGAUGCAAAAGUUCGGAUAUGGAGCAUUCCUGAUCAUCAAGUUGUUGACUGGAAUGAUCUUCAUGAGAUGGUCACAGCUGCCUGCUACACACCAGAUGGACAGGGUGCAUUGGUUGGUUCAUACAAAGGAACAUGUUGCUUAUACAACACGCAUGAUAACAAACUGCAGCAGAGACGUGAAAUCAAUCUGAAGAACAGGAAAAAGAAAACCCAUCACAAGAAAAUCACUGGUUUUCAGUUUGUGGCAGGAAGUUCAUCGGAAGUGCUCGUCACAUCUGCAGAUUCACGUACGCGUGUUGUUGAUGGUGUUGACCUUGUCCACAAGUUUAAAGGAUUUCGCAACACGAAUAGCCAAAUCUCGGCUUCACUUACAUCAAAUGGGAAAUUCCUAGUCUCAGCAAGCGAAGACUCUAAUGUGUAUGUAUGGAACUACGACUCAGACUCUCGAGCUGGAAGAAGCAAACGUGUCACAGUCACAAACUCAUACGAACACUUUUACUGUCGAGACGUCUCUGUGGCUGCACCUUGGCCUGGCAAAAUCAGUAACAACCAAAGAAACAACAGCCCCGAACAGCCACCCUUCACAGCCAGUAAUAACCCUACGACACCUGUCAAUGAUCCAAACAACAACAAAACCGUCACCAACGGUAUCAUUUCAAGCGCCACAAACCGAUACUUCUUCGAUAGAAUCUCAGCAACAUGGCCUGAAGAAAAACUCUUAUUGGCUGCAAAGAACCGAGCCCGAACUAGCCCUCGUGUGAGCGUGGACAUGUCUAACAUACAGGUUAACACAAAACCGAGUGCCUCGGCUUGGUCUAUGGCGAUUGUGACUGGCAGUUUGCGAGGCGAAAUCAGAACAUUUCAGAAUUUUGGAUUACCAGGAAAAGUAAAUGCUUCAGCAUCAUCAUCAUUCAAAGAGUCGAGUCUGUUUGGUGUUUCACUCUCGGAGCAAAGCAAAGCUGACUUUGUCUCUUCCUCAUUGAGAUGCAAGAGGGAACAAAGCUUGAGGAAUAAUAAAGCGAUUUUUCGAGCUCAAGCAAUCGCGACUUCAACUCCAUCGGUCACAAAAUCUUCCUUAGACCGCAAGAAAACCCUUAGAAAAGGAAACGUGGUUGUCACGGGAGCUUCCUCAGGGCUUGGUUUAGCAACGGCAAAGGCAUUAGCAGAGACAGGAAAAUGGCACGUGAUAAUGGCGUGCAGAGACUUUCUCAAGGCCGAGAGAGCCGCUCAAUCCGCUGGCAUGCCUAAAGACAGCUACACUGUGAUGCAUUUGGACUUAGCAUCUUUGGACAGUGUGAGGCAGUUCGUUGAUAACUUCAGGCGAGCCGAGAUGCCUCUCGAUGUGUUGGUCUGCAACGCUGCGGUUUAUCAGCCAACGGCUAAUCAACCUACUUUCACUGCGGAAGGGUUUGAGCUUAGCGUUGGGACAAACCAUUUGGGCCACUUUCUUCUUUCAAGAUUGUUGAUUGAUGACUUAAAAAACUCCGAUUAUCCAUCAAAACGCCUCAUCAUUGUUGGAUCCAUAACCGGAAACACUAAUACAUUGGCGGGUAAUGUACCUCCAAAGGCUAAUCUUGGUGAUUUGAGGGGACUAGCAGGUGGGUUGAAUGGGCUAAACAGCUCGGCGAUGAUAGAUGGAGGAGAUUUCGUUGGCGCAAAGGCGUAUAAAGACAGUAAAGUGUGCAACAUGUUGACAAUGCAGGAGUUUCAUAGGCGUUUCCAUGAAGACACCGGCAUCACUUUCGCUUCCCUUUACCCCGGUUGUAUCGCGACGACUGGUUUGUUCAGAGAGCAUAUUCCUCUCUUCCGUACCCUCUUCCCUCCUUUCCAGAAGUACAUCACAAAAGGUUACGUCUCCGAGACAGAGGCUGGGAAAAGACUUGCUCAGGUGGUGGGUGAUCCAAGUUUGACAAAGUCGGGAGUGUAUUGGAGCUGGAACAAAACCUCGGCUUCAUUUGAGAAUCAGCUGUCUCAAGAAGCUAGCGAUGUCGAGAAGGCUCGUAGAGUUUGGGAAGUCAGCGAGAAGCUCGUAGGCUUGGCCUAAAAAUUGAUCUGAGUUUCUUCCUCUGUGUGUUAACCUUUGGUUUGGCUUAAGAUGAGAAAUAAACAAAAGAGGAGACAUUGAUAAAGCUUGUACCAAAUUUGACUUGGUAGUUGUGUUUUGGCUAAUUCUAUCUGUGACGAAACAAAUAAUUCCACUUUUUGUUC